CCUCCGACGAAUCCCUUCAUAAGCUCGCUGAUCUCACGGAAGCUGCCGAGUUUGAGGGCUUUAGGGACCCUGCUAAGAACACUGCUUCCAAGUCAGCUGCCAACAAAUCUGAACCGUGGCUGCGCCACAGGCUUCGGCGUCACGCUCAGUUUUGGCAAUCCUUUGUUACUUCGAGCUUUGUUCUUGGAAUCAUUCUCUCAGGGUACGCUCUCCCCUGGCUUUCCUCCCCUCCUUCUGAGCCACACCGUCAGCGGAACCAUCCUUCCGCCUUCGAGCACGCGGACUUCGUCUCCGACGCAGUCAACACGCUGCGAAUUACCGGGACAAUCCUGCCCGUGGAUCAUCCUCCGUUUGUGGUCAGCCCGCUGGGGGUGGUGCCAAAAGCCGAAGAUAAGCUUCGUCUCAUUUUGGAUCUGCGUUUUCUGAAUUCCUUCCUACAAGUACCAAAGUUCAAGUACGAGUCUCUCCGUCUCGUUUCAGAGCUUUGUCUUCCCCACGACUUUCUGUUCACCGUAGACCUGAAAGCCGGCUAUCACCAUAUCGACAUCUCUGAGCCUGAUUGGAAGUUCCUAGGUUUCCAAUGGCAGGGCCAGUACUACGUUUUUACUCAACUUCCGUUCGGCUUAGCCCCAGCCUGUUAUGUUUUCACAAAAGUUAUGCGCCAGCUGACUCAGUCUUGGCGCGCACGCGGUUACAAGCUUGUGCACUACAUCGACGACUUCUUUUUCACCUGCCGCGACGCAGCCGAGUUCGCCAGGGUGCAAGCCUCAGUUUUAGCGGAUUUAGCAGCUGCAGGGUUAGUCGUGUCUUUGGAAAAGUGCCAGCUCAGCCGCAGCCAUGUCGUCAAGUUUCUAGGUUUCGUCGUCGACACCCUGUUUGGCCAGUUCCGUCUAACCGCUCUCCAGAAACAGAAGCUCCAAUCAGCUAUCCAAGCUUGCCUCAAUCAGCCUCUUGCAGUUCCCGCUAAGCUCCUCGCUCGCGUAACUGGCAUUAUCAACUCUUUCUCUCUAGUUACAGGCCCUAUCUCUGGCCUCUUCUCUCGCUCGCUCCAUCGCUCUCUCGCAACCCGUUCUUCCUGGUACAGCAAGGUUUCUCUAGACUCUGCAGCGCUUGCAGAACUUCGGUUCUGGCAGUCUCGCCUUCAUCUUUACCAGAGUCGCGAUAUCUGGCGUCGCCAUUCCAUUCUGCGCGUUAUUCAUUACGAUGCGGGCGGUCAGGGCUGGGGUGGACACUUAGAGAUCGGUCGUGAGCGCCAUGAGGCGCACGGAGCUUGGGCAGAGCACGAAGUUCAUGGCGUCACGUCUUCCACGUGGCGCGAGCUGACAGGCCUCUUACACCUUCUUCGCGCCUUUCGUCCUUUCCUCUCCGACUGCUCAGUUCUCGCGCGUGGCGAUGCUCUGAACGUGUUUACGAUCCUCUCUAAGGGCGGCUCAGCCAAGGAGCAUCUUCAAGCGGUCUGCCUUCAGCUUUUUACCUUCUGCGCGGAGAACCGGAUCGAGUUGCGCCCCGAGUGGCUUCCCCGCGAAGAGAACGUUCGCGCAGACUACCUUAGCAAAGUGCGCGAUGUCGACGACUUUAGCCUUUCCUCUGCUAGCUUCGCCUUCGUCUCCCAGCAGUUUGGCCCGUUCACAGUAGACCGUUUUGCUAGCACGCAUAACGCUAAGCUCCCUCGUUUCGACGCUUUCUUCUGGUGCCCUGGUGCGGCGGCUGCGAAUACGUUCACGCAAGACUGGGGGCCGCCUGAGCGUAACUACUGUUUCCCGCCUCCGGGUUUAGUCGCGCCCGCGCUUCGACACGCGCGCGCGUGCCGCGCGCGCAUGACGCUGGUCGUUCUGGGGUGGCGCUCUGCCCCGUGGUGGCCCCUGCUCUCCGGAAGUGUCGCGGCCGGCCGCGGCUUCGCCCCGUUCGUGCGUCGGCACCUGCACUUUCCCAAGGGUCGCUCCGUUCUAGUUCCCGGGCGCGCUUCUCGUGACCAGUUCGUCGAUUGGUUCACCUUCGACAGCUGGGACCUCCCUGCCGCCGGCCUUUCCACGUCUGAUCCCGAACUCGCUCACCUUUCAAUCGACCUUCAUGAUGCUGCGCUCGUCUGCCGCGCUCCCGGUACUUUUCAACAGUACGCUGGCCCGUGGCGCAAGUACAAAGCUUGGUGUGCCGAAAAAGGAGUCUCUGCGCUUCCGUCAAAGCCCCUUACUGUCGCCCUGUACAUGAUGCGCCUGCUGCGCACCGCCAAUACGCCUUCACCUCUCAAAACUUUUUCGGGAGCCGUCUACUUCAAUCACACCCUCGCUGGCUUACCCUCUCCGACCAACCACCCGAUCGUUCGCAUGGCCAGAGAAGCUGCCCGCCGACUUAAGAUCGCCGGUCAAAACCAGAAGCGCCCGUUCUUAGCAUCCCAGAUCCGUCGGUUGUUUUCGAUCUGGGCCGGUGACACUGCAACCCUGCACAGCCUGAUGAAACUCACCGCAAUCGUCUUGUGCUACACCUCUUUCUUUCGAUACGACGACUUAGUCGCCGUCCGCUGGCAGGACAUCAAAUUCCUCCCGUCACACGCAGAGCUUUUUGUCCCGGAGAGUAAAACUGAUCAGUACCGUCAAGGGGAUUCUGUUUUCAUCGCGCGCUUGGGUGGCCAGUUUUGCCCGGUCGGUUUGAUUGAGCGCCUUCUUCAAGUCGGACAGUACCGUCUCUUCGGGCCCGGUUCUCUCAUCCGUUCUUCCCUGGUGUGCCCACCUACCCAGCGCCUGAAAUCAAACGCGCCCUGCUAUAGCACCGUCUUGAGUUGGUUCAAGGAGGCAGCUUCUUUGCUCGGCUUAAACCCUGAGUUUUACGGGACGCACUCUGGCCGGCGCGGGGGCGCGACCGGCGCGGCCGCGCGCGAGGUUCCUGAUCGCGUGUUCAAACGCCAUGGCCGUUGGCGUUCUGACCGCGCAAAGGACCUGUACGUCCGGGAGACGCUCCAGGCGCGGCUGUCCACCACCCGCAACUUGGGCCUCCAGGAAGACAUCCCCCUUGCCCAGCUUCACGAAUUCGAGGCCGAAGCGUGUUUGCUUUGA